AUGGAGACUAAGAAUGAGAAUGAGACGUCUGAUGUUUCACGCGCCGAGGAGUUGAAAAAUCAGGCUAAUGAAGCUUUUAAAGGUCACAAGUACUCCAAUGCUAUUGAUCUGUAUUCGCAAGCUAUUGAGCUCAACGGCAAUAACGCUGUGUAUUGGGCAAACCGUGCGUUUGCUCACACAAAACUGGAGGAAUAUGGCAGUGCAAUACUAGAUGCGACAAAGGCCAUUGAGAUUGAUUCAAGAUACUCUAAGGGGUAUUACAGGCGUGGUGCUGCCUAUCUUGCCAUGGGAAAGUUUAAGGAUGCCUUGAAGGAUUUCCAACAGGUUAAAAGGAUUUCUCCUAAUGACCCUGACGCGGCAAGGAAGCUAAGAGAAUGUGAGAAAGCAGUGAUGAAACUCAAAUUUGAAGAAGCAAUUUCCGUACCAGUAUCUGAAAGGCGCUCAGUUGCAGAGUCCAUUGACUACAGCACAAUAGAGGUUGAGCCUCAGUAUUCCGGUGCUAGAAUGGAGGGAGAGGAAGUCACCUUGGAUUUCGUGAAGAAGAUGAUGGAGGACUUCAAAGAGCAAAAGACAUUGCAUAAACGGUAUGCGUACCAAAUUGUCUUACAGACAAGACAAAUCUUGCUAGCAUUGCCUUCUCUCGUGGAUAUUACUGUUCCUAAUGGCAAGCACAUGACAGUCUGCGGUGACGUUCAUGGUCAGUUUUAUGACCUCAUGAACAUUUUUGAGCUUAAUGGACUACCUUCCGAGGAGAAUCCCUACCUUUUCAAUGGCGACUUUGUGGACAGAGGCUCAUUCUCUGUUGAGAUCAUCCUCACAUUGUUUGCAUUCAAGUGCAUGUGUCCAACAUCCAUAUAUCUAGCCAGAGGGAAUCAUGAGAGCAAGAGCAUGAACAAAAUAUAUGGUUUUGAGGGGGAGGUUCGGUCCAAGCUGAGUGAAAAAUUCGUGGAUCUCUUUGCUGAAGUGUUCUGCUACCUUCCGUUGGCUCAUGUUAUAAAUGGGAAGAUAUUUGUGGUGCAUGGAGGUCUCUUCAGUGUGGACGGCGUGAAACUCUCAGACAUCAGAACCAUUGACCGUUUCUGUGAGCCUCCUGAGGAAGGAUUAAUGUGUGAAAUGUUGUGGAGUGAUCCUCAACCUCUCCCUGGAAGAGGCCCAAGCAAGCGAGGUGUUGGUCUUUCAUUUGGUGGAGAUGUAACGAAGAGAUUUUUGGACGACAACAAUCUAGAGUUGUUGGUCCGAUCACAUGAAGUGAAAGAUGAAGGCUACGAAGUUGAUCAUGAUGGUAAACUCAUCACUGUCUUCUCUGCGCCAAACUACUGUGAUCAGAUGGGUAACAAGGGAGCUUUCAUUCGCUUCGAAGCUCCUGAGAUGAAGCCAAACAUUGUAACAUUCUCAGCAGUGCCUCACCCGGAUGUGAAGCCAAUGGCGUAUGCAAACAAUUUUCUCAGGAUGUUCAACUAA